AUGUCGGCAGUCGAAUCGGAAUCGCAGGACCGGCAUGACCCGGUGGAGGUGUUCAUGAGCUUGGAGUCCUGGCCGUCGUCCCCCGCCGCCGACGAGCCGCCGACCGACACGCUUCUGGUGGGCUUCGUUAUCGCCAACGUGGUCGGGCUGCGUUACUACGAGGGGAGGAUCAGCGGACGGGAAAUGGUGGGUCUGGUCCGCGACGACCUGAACCCGCACGACGCGAACGCCAUUAAAGUUCUCAAUAUGAGGUCGGUGCAGGUAUUGUCCCAAAACCACCUGGAAAAGGAAGUAGAUUCAAGCUUCCCUGUCAAAUCCACAUUUUUGCGAGGGCAGACGAAUUUACGAGAAAUUGGUGGGUUGCAGUUAAUUUCAGAAAGCAAUGCGUCUUUUACAUUAUCCGAGUCUGUGGCUGUGAAAGAGAAAAAAGGUAGUGUCGCAGAGAAGAGUGUGGAUGAGAUAUUUAAACUGUUGGACUUGAAAGUUAGCAAAGAGACCUCAGAGGCAUUAGAGCCGCCAAAAGAUAUGAUAAAGUCCGAGCUCUUUCCCCAUCAGAAAGAAGGUCUGGGGUGGUUGGUUAGUAGGGAGAAUUCAAAAGAAUUGCCUCCUUUUUGGGAAGAAAAAAAUGGGAUUUAUGUGAAUGAAUUAACAAACUACCAGACUGAUAUAAGACCUGAGCCUUUGAGGGGUGGCAUUUUUGCAGACGAUAUGGGGUUGGGAAAAACUCUUACAUUGCUAUCAUUACUUGCUCUGGAUAAGGCCCGCGCUGCAAAUUCUUCUGGUUAUAUGGAUGUUGAUGAUAAUGAGGAGGAACAUAGUGCAUUUCUUAGUAAAGCGUCUAAGAGAGGAAGAGGGAGCAAAAAGGCCGUGAACUUGGCCAAAAAGAGAAAAAUCGGGGAUUUUAAUGCUAACGAAAAGGGAAAAGGACCUGCCAUUGAAAAAUCCUCUUCUUCUUCUGACCCGAUGACUACACUGAUAGUCUGCCCACCUUCUGUAUUUUCAGCUUGGAUUACUCAAUUAGAAGAGCACACAAGAAAGGGUGUUUUCAAAGUGUACAUUUACUAUGGAGAACGGACUAAAGAUACUAAGGAGCUUCAGAAGCACGACAUUGUGCUAACAACGUACAGUACACUUGCCAGUGAGGCGUAUUGUGGCAAUUGUCCUAUUAAGAAGAUUGAGUGGAGACGGGUUAUAUUGGAUGAGGCACAUGUGAUUAAGAAUGUGAGCAGUCAACAGAGUCGUGCGGUCACCAAUCUGAAUGCUAAGUGUAGAUGGGCUGUUACAGGGACACCCGUGCAGAAUAACUCUUUUGAUCUUUUUUCUUUAGUGGCUUUCCUGAAGUUCGAACCUCUUUCUGUAAAAGGCCUUUGGAAUAGUCUGAUUCAACGCCCACUUGCUCAAGGAGAUGAGAAAGGUGUCUCUCGGCUGCAGGUUCUUAUGGCAGCCAUAUCUUUGAGGAGAACAAAAGAUAAAGGUUUGAUUGGACUUCCAGCCAAAAGCAUAGAGACCGUUUAUGUGAACCUCUCUGAAAAAGAACGCAGGAUAUAUGACCAGAUGGAAGAAGAAGCCAGGAAUUUCGUUAAGGCCUACAUUUCUGAUGAAAAUAUGGUGAGAAAUUAUUCUACAGUUCUUAGCAUACUCGUGAGGCUUCGCCAGGUAUGCACGGAUAUGGCUCUUUGCCCUGAAGAUCUCAGAACUUUAACUCUACCUAGUCAAAUUGAAGACGUAAAGAACAACCCGACACUUCUUCAAAAGUUGCUCUCCGUGCUCCAAGACGGCGAGGACUUCGACUGUCCCAUCUGCAUAUCCCCACCAACCGACACAAUCAUAACAUGCUGCGCCCACAUCUUCUGCGGGCCUUGCAUCGUCAAAACCCUCAAACGAACCAAACCCAACUGCCCCAUGUGCCGAAACCCACUUUCCGAAUCCGACCUCUUCAAAGCCCCCCAAGACCCGACCCAAGCCCAACCCACCGAAAAAUCCUCCUCCACACUAUCCUCCAAAGCCGCAGCCCUUUUAAAACUCUUAAAAGCAUCUCGUGACGCGAAAGACGACCCGCCUUACAAAUCGGUGGUUUUCUCGCAGUUCCGCAAAUUGCUGAUCUUGCUCGAGGGCCCGCUGAGGGAAGCGGGCUUCGAUGUGGUUAGGCUAGACGGGUCGAUGAAUGCCAAGAAACGGGCCCAAGUGAUCAGGGAGUUCAGCGGGCCCGACGGGCCCACGGUCCUUCUGGCAAGCCUCAAGGCCUCGAAUGCAGGGAUUAAUCUGGCGGCGGCAUCUAGGGUUUAUCUGGUGGAGCCGUGGUGGAAUCCGGCGGUGGAGGAGCAGGCGAUGGACCGUGUGCACAGGAUCGGGCAAAAGGAGGACGUGAAAAUCGUGAGGUUGAUAGCGAGGGACACGAUUGAGGAGAGGAUAUUGAGGUUGCAGGAGAGUAAGAGGGCUUUGGCGAGGCGGGCUUUUGGAGGGAAAGGGCAAAAGGGUCAAAGGGAGAUUAGUAGGGAUGAGCUUGGUGUCUUGAUGAAUUUGUGAAGUUUGAGUUUCGUUUUCCGGUGGUGGUGGUGGACGGUGGUCUGGGGUGGAAUGUGUAAUAAUGUAAUUAAUGCAUAUUGCAGGGGUUUGUCUUUUGCUGAUAAUGGGGAUUUUUGUGAAUCUUUUGUAAGGGGGAAUAUGGGAAUCUGGGGUUUGAAACAAUUUGGUUAGGCUGACGAUUUGUUUGCGGACAUGGUUGUGAAAACCGGAUCGGUUUUCGAGUCAGAUCCUUUGUGAAAAAAAUGGUUUUGAAAGUACCGGUCAAAACCAGUCGAUUGAAUCGGUACACUUCUUUUAUUAAAAAAAAAAAAAACUAGUUUAAUA